AUGUUUCCAAUGUCCACAGCCCAUAAGGACGUCAGCGAAAAUGGCGGCAGCGACCGACCCCGCCGCCCGCUAAAACCAGGAACAGAGAAUCUCGAUAUCCAGACAAUCAGCAAACAUGCCAUGUGGUUAGCACAAGCUGGCGUGACCGGCCUGGCCGUCCACGGCUCUAACGGCGAAGCAGUACAUCUAUCAAACGAAGAACGCAUUGCGGCCAUUGAAACCACUCGCAAGGCGCUAGAUAGCUCCGGGUUUCCCAACAUGCCCCUCAUCGUUGGCUGCAGUGCACAAUCUACUCGGGAAACCAUCAAGCUUUGUCACCAGGCAUAUGCAGCCGGUGCUGACUACGCCCUCGUCCUUGCUGCAUCUUACUACAAAGCACUCCUUUUAUCAGAUUCGAUUCUUCAGUUUUUCCGCGACGUAGCUGAUGCAUCUCCGCUCCCGAUUGUCAUAUAUAACUAUCCCGCUGCCGUUUCAGGUCUGGAUCUGGACUCAGACACGAUCAUCGCAUUGAGCAAACACCCAAAUAUUGUGGGCUGUAAGUUUACCUGCGGAAACACAGGGAAAUUAACCCGUGUUGCCGCCGCCCAGGACAGCAAAGCCUCAGUCCCAGCUCCGUUCCUGUGCCUUGGUGGUUCAGGAGACUUUACGAUACAAACUCUCAUCAGUGGUGGAUCAGGGAUUAUUGGGGGGAUCGCCAAUAUUGCGCCCAAGACUUGCGUGCGGGUAAUGGAUCUAUAUUAUCAGGGAAAGCUCAAGGAGGCUCGAAGUGCUCAGGAAAUUUUGGCCCGUGGCGAUUGGGCGGCUAUUCAGGGGGGUGUGGUAGGGAUUAAAUCUGCCAUGGAGUCACACUUGGGAUACGGGGGAUUCGCUCGCAAGCCCCUGCCCAGGCCGACUGAUGCGAUGGCAGCAGCCUAUACAAAGGAGUUUAGCGAACUCGUUGAGUAUGAGCGUUCGUUGUAA